GAUUUUAUUUUACUUUUACGGUUUUACCAAUUGAUCCAAGGUGAAAGCAAAUCUAACCUCAAACCAAACCAAAUCUACCACUGAGUGACCACUACUUCUCCCUCUCUCUCUCUCAUCACUUUGCUUCAAAGUGUUUUUCCUAUUUUGCAGUGACUUUGAUUCACAUGAGCAGCUCAUAGAGUAACACUCACCUUUGAAUUUGAGGGUUUGGAUUGGACCCUUUGGUCCUUCCUAUCUCCUUCUCUCUCUCUCUUUUUUUUUUCUUUUUCUUUUUCUACCAUCUAAUGGUAACCCAUGAAUCAUGAUGCUCUACAUGUAAUCUCACAGUAACUUCCCUAAACCCUAAUUUCAUCUUCGUCGCCAUGCCCUACGGAUCCCCUCCUUCAGUUCCCGGCGAACGAUCCUCGCCGGAACCCAAUCCUCCGAACCAUGUCUCCGAUUUGAAGGAGGAAACCACCGCCGCCGCUCCUCCUCCGCUCACCACCAGGAGCACCCGCCCCUCCCGCGCGUGCACCAUGCGCGCCUCCUCUCGCCUCCUUUCCUCGCCGGCGCCGUCGAAGAAGGUGGCGCGUGCGAGGAAGGAGGGUUCGCCGCGGCCACCGUCGCAAUGCAGCAAGAUCGUGACUCCGCUGGUGGAGCCGCCGUCGCCGUCGCAGUUGCCGCGGUGGAACCUGCGGUCGAUGUGGGAGUUCGCUUCCGUGCUGAAUUUCUUGCACCUGUUUAGGCCUCUUUUGAAUAUCUCGUUGGAAUUCUCUGCGGAAGAGUUCGAGACAGCUCUUCUUGCUCCCAACGAUACUUUGUUUCAUAUACAUAUGCCUUUGCUAAAGGCAAUCCCUCCUAUUACACGAAUGGCACUCACACGCGAUACUUGGAUAACCGUAUUAUGCAGGAAAUUGAGAGAUUGGUGGCAUUGGGUUGCUGAUGGGGAUCUUCCAAUUGUUGCUUCACAUGGGGCGGAGAUUGAAAUAUAUAAAUUACUUGAUCCAGGGGUCCGUGUUGUUAUCUUAAAAGUAUUAUGUGAUAUUCGUGUUGAGCAAGAAGAUAUCCGAAGUUAUAUUGACAACUCAAUGAAACACGGUGUUCAACUUUCAACAUUCCGUAAAGAGCGUAUUGGAGGUGAUUCAAAUGGAAUUUCUUAUUGGUAUGAAGAUGACCCCAUUAUUGGUCAUAGGAUGUAUCGAGAAAUAAGGAAAACCGAAGUGGUACAAAUGAAGAAAGGGAAACCAAGAGGUUCCCUGGUUCUUUCUAACACAUCAUACCUGUGGGAAGUAAUUGCUACCAAUUUUGAUGAAUUUGAAGAUGUUUCUGAGAAGCUUUUCUCAAGUAAAAACAGAACAGAGACUUCUGUGGGGAAAAGGCUGAAGAUAGACAUGCUUCCUGAAAUUGAGAAAGUUCAUAAGAAAAAGGAGAAGUUGCUGAAAAAGCAACACAGACAAGCUCUUCUGCUUGAUAAUUACUUGGUUGUUGACGGGCUUGGUCCUGGGCGUUCUCUUCGUGACAGGAAACCUGUUACCUACACUUUUGAUGAUUAUGAUCAGUCAAUCAAGGAAGCAAUUAAAGUAACCAAGCAGAAACAGUCAUCUCCAGAACAUAUGCCCAGGAGAGAAUCGGUAGCAAAAGCGGAAGCUUUGACUAAUGGUAAAUAUGGUCCUCCAUAUGCUACACUAGAUCGGAAUUUUGGUAUAUCAUCUCCAGAAUCAUCUGAUUCUGAUGAUGACAAAGAAGAUAAUGAAACUGACAACUUGGAUCGAAGCAAUCGUCAAAGACGGAGACCUAAACGGUAUACAGAAAGAGAGUUUGUUGAGGCAGUAUCAGAUAAUGAGACAGACUUCGACAGUGAUGAUGAUAUUGUUGGAGAAGCCGUAUAUGAUGAAGAAUAUCUCAAGAAACGCAAGCAGAAAAGGAUGUCUUCUAGUGGCUCCGAAGGAGAUGAUGAAGAGUAUCAGUGGGAUGAAUACAAUGUUGAAGAUGAUGAAGAAGAAGAUGACGAUGACGAUGAUUCCUUAAGCAUAAGUGAGGAUAGUGACAAACCCCUCAAGGUCAAACAGUUGCGUGGCCGCACAAGGAGAGAAACCAAACUCAGGUCUGUGGGUGAGAUACAAUCCGGUCUAAGACGCAGUAAGAGGGCAACUAAAAAUCGUAUAAAUUACCGACAAUGUGAGGCAUCAGAAUCAGAAACAGAGUUGAUCAAAUCUGAGAAGUCUAAUUCAUCAGCUGAUCACUCAGAUCCCAGUGAGAAUGGUGAAUACAUGAUGGAAAGUGAAGAUUCAGAUGGCAGUGAUAAUGAAGAACAAGAAAAGAAAGUAGAUGAGCCUGUUCCAUAUCCAGCAGUAGAAGAGAAUGAACAAAACCAGCCUCCUGAAAAAUUAAGCAGUCCUGGUCAGGAGGAAGUUGAGAGCAGCACAGGAAAGAGACGCUUCCUUGAUUUGAAUGAGCUUGCCCCUAGCACGGGUUUCGAUGAUGGUCCAAACACAAUAAUGAAAGAUGAAGACAAUGAUUACUGAAGCUUCCCAUUAUGGUUGAGAGCAGGGAUUGUAGUUUCCUAUCAGGGAAGCCAAUGGGUAUGUAUGAUAAUAGAACUAUAAAUUUUGUUAUAAGCCCCCAGAGGAAGUUACGAUCAGGUCUCUUCCUAUGGCACAAUCUAAGCAGCCCUUGGUGCAUGAUUUGCAACCAGAAGCAGCGUGAUACUCAGUUAUGUAGAUUAGGUAGUCAUUUUUUUAGUAUUUUUACAUUCAAAGGGUCCCCCAAAAAUGAGAAAAUUGAUCGGCGUUAUUUACCCCAUCCGAUCCGUGUACAAUAACUGUAACUUUAAAAAAGAUGUAUGUGGCUUUCAGACUAUCA